AGUAGUCCUUGACUUACAACCGGUUGGGGGGUCAUAGCAUUAAAAAGGUUGAGAACCACUGAACUACACAGUCUCCCUUUACUUGUCUUCGGCAACCUUAGCAUCUCUGACAGAUGGGGAUUUUCAGAGCUGUCAGAGGAAUGAUCCUAAAUGUCAUGGGCCAUUAGCAAAGAGCCCCUUUCCUACUUGCCUUUAACCACGGCACCAAUAAAUGCUCUGGGUUUGGCCGUGUCCACAUCUUUACUUCCAUCUGUUCCUCAGCCCACGAGUGGCUUGAUCUUCUUGGCUCCACGAGUGUUAAAGUGCAGUUGGAUUUUCCUCCCUGAUUCCCAUACACCUUUCACAGAGAUCAUCGAGAUCUGCAAAGCUGCAAAUCUCCCGCAGCCAGCAUCUCUCUUACAGGUAGCCUGGGAACAGAGGCAGGAAUUGAAUAACCAAGAAAGAGAUUUAGGGUGCGGGACGCAGUAUUUGACUCGGGGGUGGGGUGGGAGGGGGGGACUGGAGGCGGCUCAAACUCGGCUCCGCGUGUUGCUGGGGCUGCUAGAGAAACUUGGCGCCCACGUCAGAGCCGGUCUCAUUCAGGAGAGUCGAGGCUCCUUUUAAACGUCGCCCAAAUUCGGGAGCUUCACCGCAGCGACCAAGCGUGGCCGCGUUGCUUUUCCUCCGCCUGGAACUGGGGCCGGUCCCUUUAAGAGAGGGUAGCACAGUAGCGGCGAAGGCGAACCCCGCCGCCUAGCUCCGCUUGCGGUGCUUGUAAAGCGGUCGCCGGCUGGCAGCGGAAAACAGUCCCACUUCGAUCUUCCAAGGGCGCGUCCACAACGCCAGCCUCCUCCCCCCCCCGCCUCUGCCCCCGACGACUAGAGUUUGCCCCCGCUGGUGCGAAAUCCCGCGGGGAGGUCUGCGGAGGGCGUGGACCCGCUGACGGGAUGGCAGGUCGGGAGUCCUUAGCUGAACAACGGAGAGAAGCCAGCCAGAAGAUAGAUAAAUAAAACCUCCCACCAUCCCGGCAUCCUGCAUGGAGAAGCUUGCGGGGGUGAGAAACGAAAAGCGAGCGAGCGAGCGAAGGGCUGGUGCGAGAAACGGCGACCAGCUCCCUUCGGAAGGGCGUACAGUUUUGGGCGAUUCACUGCAGACAAUUCGAGGGCGGACCGGGGGAUUGCUUAGAAACUUAAUCUCGGGCACAAGGACUCCAAAGCCAAUCGUGCGGCGCCUGGUGAGGUUUAUUCUCAGGAUCAUGACUGUUAGAUAGCAUCCCAUAUCACAAUGACUAUGGCUCCCCGAAAACGGAGUCGUCAUGCUUUGGGGUUUCUUUGCUGCUUUGGGCGGAGUGAUUUGCCUGAAAUCAACCUCAAGGACAAUAACCCUCUGCAGUUCUUGGAAUUCUCAGUGCCAAUCCCACCAGCCGAAGAACUGAAUGCAAGGUUCUCUGAGCUUGUGGAUGAAUUGGAUCUCACAGAUAAGAAUAGAGAGGCGAUGUUUGCACUCCCACCAGAGAAGAAAUGGCAGAUUUAUUGCAGUAAAAAGAAGGAGCAAGAAGAUCCUAACAAGCUUGCUACAAGCUGGCCAGAUUAUUACAUUGAUCGCAUCAAUUCCAUGGCAGCAAUGCAGACCCUGUAUGCUUUUGAUGAAGAAGAAACAGAAAUGAGGAAUAAAAUAGUUGAAGACUUGAAAACAGCUCUGCGAACUCAGCCCAUGAGAUUUGUAGUAAGAUUUAUUGAGCUGGAUGGCCUGAGCUGCUUGCUGAACUUUUUGAAGUCUAUGGACUAUGAAACCUCUGAAAGUCGUAUACACACAUCCGUUAUAGGAUGCAUCAAGGCUCUGAUGAACAACUCCCAAGGACGAGCCCAUGUUCUAGCCCACCCGGAAAGCAUCAAUAUAAUUUCGCAAAGCUUACGGACUGAGAACAUCAAAACCAAGAUUGCUGUGCUGGAGAUCCUUGGGGCUGUUUGCUUAGUGCCAGGAGGCCACAAAAAAGUUCUGCAGGCCAUGCUCCAUUACCAAGUCUACGCAGCGGAGAGAACAAGAUUCCAGACUCUACUCAAUGAGCUAGACCGAAGCAUGGGGAGAUAUCGUGAUGAAGUGAACCUCAAAACAGCCAUCAUGUCCUUUAUUAAUGCUGUAUUGAAUGCAGGUAGUGGGGAGGACAACUUGGAAUUCCGACUGCACCUACGAUAUGAGUUUCUAAUGCUGGGUAUUCAGCCUGUUAUUGACAAGCUCAGAGGACAUGAAAAUGCAACAUUGGACAGGCAUUUAGAUUUCUUUGAGAUGGUUCGAAAUGAAGAUGACUUGGAACUUGCAAAGAGGUUUGAAAUGGUACAUAUUGACACAAAAAGCGCCUCGCAGAUGUUUGAGCUGAUCAAGAAGAGGUUGAAGCACACAGAUGCUUACCCCUAUUUACUGUCUGUACUCCAGCACUGCUUACAAAUGCCUUAUAAAAGAAAUGGGGGAACAUUUCACCAAUGGCAACUUUUAGACAGGAUACUGCAGCAAAUUGUUCUUCAGGAUGAACGAGGCAAUGAUCCAGAUGUAUCUACUUUGGAAAACUUCAAUGUCAAGAACAUCAUUAAGAUGUUGGUAAAUGAAAAUGAAGUGAAACAAUGGCGAGAUCAAGCAGAGAAAUUCCGGAAAGAACAUGUUGAGUUGAUGAGCAGGCUAGAAAAGAAAGAAAGAGAAUGUGACAUAAAAACCCAAGAGAAAGAUGAAAUGAUGAAGACACUGAAUAAAAUGAAGGACAAGCUGCAAAGAGAAUCCCUGGAGCUUCGCCAGACUCGGGAUCAGAUGAGUGACCUUGUUGUUCAGCUGAAUGAAUUUUCGCAAGGGAAUAGUACAUUCCCAAUUCCUCCUCAAUUACCAUCUGGUGGACCAUUUUCUUUGUCCUCUUCUCUACGAUCAUCAGAGAUUUUGCCACCGCCACCACCACCUCUUCCUUUCUCCAGCUGUCCUCCCCCUCCAGCUCCACCACCACCUCCAAGUGGACCUCCACCCCCACCUGGAGCACCUCCAUUCUUCAAUAUCAGUAUGCCUCCAGUUUCUUCCACCACCACGUUUAGCAACAGUGAGAUUAGCCUAAAGAAAAAAGCAAUCCCACAGCCAUCUCAUCCACUGAAAUCCUUCAACUGGGCCAAAUUGACUGAGGAAAAGAUACAUGGUACCAUCUGGCAUGAAAUUGAUGACAUACAAGCUUUCAAGAUGUUGGAUUUGGAAGAUUUUGAAAAAAUGUUUUCAGCCUAUCAAAGACAUCAGGACCUGUUAACUAAUCCUUCUUCCUCAUGUAAGCCGAAGGAAAUGGGAUCAACUGAAGACUUAUACCUAACCAGUCGAAAGGUGAAAGAGCUUUCUGUGAUUGAUGGCCGGAGAGCACAAAAUUGUGUCAUCCUCCUUUCCAAGUUGAAGCUAUCUAAUGAAGAAAUUCGGCAGGCAAUUUUGAAAAUGGACGAAGAAGAAGAUCUGGCGAAAGAUAUGUUGGAACAGCUACUGAAGUUUGUUCCAGAGAAGAGUGAUAUUGACCUGUUGGAAGAACAUAAGCAUGAAAUUGAUCGCAUGGCAAGAGCAGAUCGUUUCCUCUAUGAAAUGAGCAGGAUUGACCACUACCAACAAAGACUUCAGGCAUUAUUCUUUAAGAAGAAGUUUCCAGAGAGGCUUGCUGAAGCUAAGCCAAAAGUGGAAGCUAUUCUCCUGGCUUCCAGAGAGCUGAUCCGCAGCAAGCACCUGAAGCAGCUCUUAGAGGUUGUGUUGGCCUUUGGCAAUUACAUGAACAAGGGACAAAGAGGGAAUGCAUACGGCUUUAAGGUUUCCAGCCUGAAUAAGAUUGCAGACACCAAAUCUAGCAUAGAUAAGAAUAUUACAUUAUUACAUUACUUGAUAAUGAUCUUUGAAAAGAAUUACCUAAAUGUGCUUGACAUACAGUCUGAACUGCAAAAUCUUCCGGAAGCAGCAAAAGUCAACCUAGUGGAAUUGGAGAAAGAAGUUAAUAAUAUAAAGACUGGGUUGAAAGCUGUUGAAGCUGAGCUAGAUUAUCAGAAGAGACGUAUGCGAGAACCAGGUGAUAAGUUCGUCCCGGUCAUGAGCCACUUUAUCACAGUAGCCAGUUUUAGUUUUUCUGAGCUGGAAGACCUUCUGAAUGAUGCAAGGGAUAAGUAUGCCAAAGCACUGAAGCAUUUUGGAGAGAGUGAGGGAAGGAUGCAGCCAGAUGAAUUUUUUGGCAUCUUUGACACCUUCCUGCAAUCAUUUACAGAAGCUAAGCAAGAUCUGGAGAAUAUGAGGAAGAAGAAAGAAGAAGAGGAGCGCAGGGCACGCAUGGAAGUCAUGCUUAAAGAACAGAGAGAGAAAGAGCGGCGUCAGAAGAAAGCAAAGGCUGGUAGUAUCUCAGAGGAAGGAGGAGGAGAGUUUGAUGAUCUGGUGUCAGCACUGAGAUCAGGUGAAGUUUUUGACAAAGACUUAUCCAAGCUCAAGCGCAACCGUAAGCGUUCAGGAAACCAAGCGCUGGAGACAAGCCGGGAACGAGCAAUAACAAAGCUCAAUUAUUAAAUAUGGAUGAGGUGCAUAUUACACAAAGUGCAAAACCGUAAAUGAAUGACUGCUGCAACCAAGAGUCAAGACAAGAUAGCGAGACUGUAUAAAUCCUUUCUGCAGGAAGCACAUCUAGUGCCAAUGGCUUUUUUUUCCAGGACGAACCUAUUCUCCCGUCUUGCUCUUGUCCAUAUUUACAUAAUCUGGACUGGUGGUAAAAGUGCCUCUCUAGUGCCCAAAGGAUUUGUCAUCAAACCUUCCUUCUGAUUGAUCAAAUUGCUUCUUGGUUCCACCACAACUUUGCUUUUGGACCCUUUUGAUGGAACAGAAACCUUGGAGACUUUUUGGACCAGUUACUUGGGGUGGGUAGGGGAGGUUCAUGUGCCAAAGUCUACACGUUAAAAAAAAAACCUCCAAUGUUGAGAAAAUGCAAGACAGUCUCAGGUUGGUUCUGAAUUUUCUUGCCAUUCUUGGUUUGGCCUACUUUCAAGAGUGAAUUAGUGGUAUUAUAGUGUUAUGAUUCUCUUCUUCCACUGGAUUUCCACAAGGCCAUUGACUUUGAGAAACAUGACACUGGUCUCAAGGACUGGUAUUUACUGGUGCGUGCCAAGCAAGUGAAGUUGCGUCAGAGGAAGUAGCUCUGUUUUUGAGAUGCACAAAAUGUUUGGGAAACUCACUUUCCCCCCCCCCCACUAAUCACUUGAGUAUUUGGAAGUGUGCUAAGUCUUUAUACCAAGUUGUGAGAAAAUAGGAGGACCCAGACUCUAAGAGUGAUCAUCAUUAACCUGAACCUGAUCAGUUAUCAUUGCUAAGCAAUGUGGUAGGAAAGGGUUUGGGGUAUAGCAGUAUUUCCAUUUGUAAAACUGCAUUAUUUUCAUAGCACAGUAACACACAUUAUUUGAACUAAUAACAUAUAGAAAUUUUAAAAAAAAUACACAAAUGGUUUGUCUGAUAGUUGAAAAAGAGAAUCUGGUCAUUUAUUGGAAGCCAUGACUCAACCGGGAUGGAUAUUUUUCAUUCUAACAGACUAGCCUUCUCAGAAACUGCAAUUCUUUCAACAAUAUUUUCACAAUAUUAUGUAAUUGUAGGAUGACUGGAACAUUCAAGGAUUUUUCCAUCAUGAAGGAGGUGACAAAGAAAGAAUUCAAAUAUAUGGCAGAACCAAAAGGGAUUACCCAGUAUGUAUGAAAACAACACUUGCAGUGGCAAUAAACAAGCAAUUUAUCAUGUCAUAAAAAUUGUCUAACAGGAUAGCCAAAACAGAAACAUGCAUCUGUAGAGGAAGCCAAAUAAUACUUCCCUAUUUCAUUGUUCUUACAUGGUUGUACAUUAAUAGAACUAUGCAGUAUAGGAUUUUUUUUCUAAUCUUAUGAAUUGAGUAGUUAGUCAUCAAUUCUCAACUGGAUCUCAGGAAAAAAAGAUGGUACAAGCUUGAGUGUGAGCAACAUGAAGGCAAAGUUUAAGAUGAUGUCUGAAAGAGCUUUUCUGCAAGGGCAAAGUUCAUAGAAUUCCAGGGAUUAUAAAAGACAUUCCAAUUGUCACAUUGAUUACUUGCUUUUGUUGGUAUGAAAAAAUUGUGUAGAUUCAAGUUUGUUUCUGUGAAGUAGAAAAUUUCUUUCUCCCUCAAGCACAGAUUAAUAAGCCAUAUAGCAUGGUUCCCCUACCAGCAUUGGCCUGAACGUUGGGAACCCUAAGUAGAAGUGCUCAAAUAUUCAAAAAUAAGUCUUAUUUUCGUAUGCCCUAGUUUUCAGUGCUCUGGUUCUGAAUUUUCAUGGCAUUCCAAAAUACCGCUUUGUUUUUCAUUACAUGCAUAGGCAAGAUAAUUUGCCUUUACAAAAAAAAAAAAAAA